AUUUACAGGAACCACAUUGUCAUCCUUUAAUAUUUUCAUAUCAGACCAAGUUCAAAACGAGAUCACAAACUGAGUUCAUAUUUGUAUAUAGCCCUGAGUUAACACAUUUAACUAAAAUACCAAUCUAUAUGAUUGCAGUAGGGAUUCAGUUCCAACGAGGCAACCGUUUGAAGAGCACAUCUUUAUGCUGCAGGGUAAUAUAAGCGCCUACACUCACAAAAAAAGGUCAGGGUAUAAAAACAAGCUUCAGGGCUUCCUUUAGCCGGAGGGAGACAUCGGUUUCUCCAUCGCUUUCCUUUUCUCUAUACUUACUUGUAGUCUGUGGUAAAGCUACAGCCUACAAAGAGCUCUUUGUCUGGCUCCUGCUAUUUGGGGACCUGCUAUGGGCUAUGUGUGUAAUGGGAUUGGCCAGAGUGUGCAGACAGGUGGGAAUAAGGGAAAGGGGCUUGAUUUUGAAUAGACUUCAGUGAGAAGUGGAAACACACACACAGAAACACAUUCAGAUGCUUUGCAGAUGUUCUCAGUAAAACACACACACACACACACACUUCCAAAAUGCCGGCCUACUUCCAGACACAUCUUCUACUUGUCCUGUUUGUGGUACAACCGAUACCAACCACUCCAUUGACAGAAGAUGGGACGCUUGGUAAAAACAGGAAAAGAGUAAACCCAGUGGUCCAUACAGAGUCACCAGAGCUUGACCCGAUCAGUGAUGCUUACCGAUACUGCAACCUGCCCAAUCACACAGAACACACACGCGAGGGUCACAGUCUGGCAGACUACAAGCUACUGUUUGUGCAGGUGAUGAUUCGCCAUGGCGACCGUUACCCGCUGUACACCAUCCCUCAGACCAAGAGACCAGCCAUCGACUGCACACUGUCACCUCACAGAAAGCCCUCUCACCCUCUGCUGGCCUCAUUUAUCAGUCACAUGGCCCAGGGUGGGCGUGGUCACUGGGACGCAUCACUGGGCUCACUGGCCCGAGUACCCAAUCACAGCAGCUGUGAGUUGGGCGAGCUCACACAGACAGGUGUGGUCCAGCAUUUAAAAAACGGCGAGCUCUUGCACCAGGCUUACCUCAAGCACCACAAGCUGCUUCCUCCUGAUUGGUCAUCACAGCAGCUGUGGGUGGAGACCACCGCUAAGAGCCGCACCCUGCAGAGUGGCUUGGCUCUGCUCUAUGGUUUCCUGCCCAAUUUUGAUUGGUCAAAAGUGACGGUGUGGCACCAGAGGAGCACUAUGUUCUGCGGCACGUGGUGUGAGUGUCCAGCACGGAGCCUCUUUCUGGAUGAGGAGCAGCGUCGUCAAUACCGCCUUCGCACCUCUAAUGCCGAACUUGAGCAGACCUAUGUCGCCAUGGCAAAGGCGCUGGGCGUGGCCACACGCACGAUGCGGGCGGCCAAUCCGAUAGAUGCGCUGCUGUGUCAUUUUUGCCAUGGCCUGCCAUUUCCCUGUGCCAGCCCGCAUGCAUUUCCUGCGUCUGAAAAGGGGGCGUGUCUAACACUGCAGCACUUUGCUGUGAUUCGCCAGCAGCAGAGAGAUGACGAGCGGGAGCGGAAGGAGGCGGGGAUUUACCGGCGUUUUGCCAUACUUGCAGCACAUCCUUUCCUGAACCGGACAGCGAUACGCAUGGAGAAAGCUGCCCACGGCAACAGUGAGCCUGUCUUCGCACUGGCCUCCGCCCAUGACAUCACCAUGGCGCCAGUGCUAAGUGCCCUGGGCCUGGAGGGGGCAGGGUUUCCACGUUUCGCUGCUCGCUUGGUGUUUGAGCUGUGGAAGAGUCCGGAUGUGAAGGGGAAGGGAACGCAAGGAGGUGUGGCGAAUGCUUACGUUCGUGUGCUCUAUAACGGAGAGGACUUGACCUUUGAAACUGCCUUCUGCCGCAACCAUGACCGCCACUCCACUCAGCCGCUGUGCCCUCUGGAUGUUGUGGAGGAUAAACGGUACAGAAAAUGGAUGAAUGGAUGGAUGGAUAGACGUUUCGUGUUCAUUGUGAAUGGGCCUUUACUACUAUCCCGUGGUCUACAUUCACACAAAGGUCCACUCAAUGUGGACAUCAUCUAGACAGGUACUGUAGACGGUAAUAUACAGAAAAGGAAAAUAUCAUGAAAAAUAUGGAAGGAUUUAGAAUAUUAUCACAAUACUGUUUUUUACUUGAAUUCUGCAGAAGUUCUCUCCACGUCAUUUCUUAAACUUUCAUGUUCACCCUCGUCUAGUGAACAUAAUCAAGUGAUUCUGGGAUUCUCAGAGAAGAACAUGCAUUUGAAACCUGAGUAACAGCAAUACUGUGCAUGCUACAUAUCACCAUAUUGUAUAAUUUAUUAUUAUACACAUAUCUUAUCAAGGACAGACGGUAAUGAUUGAAAGCUUUGUUGCCUGACCUUGUAUUGAAACACCAGAUCAGGUUUGUUCUUCGGGCUAAUUUGGAUAUAACGGCAACCUGCUCAGACUAAAACGUACCAUCGUGGAAUUCCGUAUUUAUCUUGGGAUCACUUGUACUGCUGUUUAAUUUAUUGAAACGAUACUGACGCUCUCAUUCUGUCGUAAAGCAGUGAUGUGGAACAUGCAUCAAGCCUGCUUUCCAGUUUUGCACAUUAUUUUAUUCCUCUUCUAUGAAGCCACACAUCUGAUCCGAAUCAUGUGAAGACCACAAAAUGUGUCUUAAAUAAAAUGUCAGAGGGAGCGAAAGUUAAUGCUAGCACAGACGUCAAGCAAUAAAUGACGCCAAACCUAUAUAUAGGGUCAGUCAUGAUGUUUUUCAGCGGUACAUUACAUUUAACUGACUUUUGUAAAAAUCAUCUUGUAUGAAUAAGAUAAUAAGCUAAAAUCCCAAGGAGUGUAUUUGACAGAGCAAACUGAGAAAGUACUGGAUGGUAGCACUUUGAAAGAACACAAUGAGGUUUGAUAUGCAGCCAGUCAGCGUUCAUUUAAAAACAACUUUCGCAAAUCGCGCACUGAUUACCAGCACGGUCCUGAGGACAAUCACACUGAUUCAUGCGGAGGAUUUCGAUGAUAACCGUUUAGCGCGUUACGUCUAAUAACGUCUAGACUAGUUUUUGUACGAUGUGCUGUUUGUAAAGUUUGGAGAUUUUGGCGCACACAGCCACUUUAUUCGAUUCGUGUUUAACCUUGUUUAACUCAUUGCUAAAUAAUUUUCAUACAUUUAACCUGGAAUAAUGUCGCAUCCGUUGUCUUAAAAGGUAGAAAACCAGGAGUAUUAAAAGUCUGGUGUAGGGAAUGUUGAAGGGUUUUGUAUUGUGAUUUCUAUUUUUAUUAUUAAUAUUAUCGUGUUCUGGUACAUUCCUUCAUAUCAAAGCACAUUUUGCAAUAAAGUCACAUUCCAA